AUGUCCAAGUUCACACUACGCUGGGGUAUCCUCGCAACCGGAGGCAUCGCUGAGGCUUUCUCGAGAGAUCUGACCGUCAACCCCGAGACUCGCGAUGUCAAGGACAUCAAGCAUGAGAUUGUUGCCGCCGCCAGCUCAAGUAGCGCCAGCCGUGCCGGUGAUUUCUUGAAGAAGGUUGGCGCAUCUUCAUCAGCAAAGGCAUAUGGAUCGUACGAAGAGCUGGUUGCCGACAAGGAUGUCGAUAUCAUUUACGUCGCCACUCCCCAUUCGCACCACUACCAAAAUGCUAUGCUCUGUCUCGAGGCUGGCAAGAAUGUCCUCUGUGAGAAAGCAUUCACCGUCAAUGCUGCUCAGGCAAAGAAGCUGGCAGAAAAGGCAAAGGAGAAGAACUUGUUUUUGAUGGAGGCUGUCUGGACAAGAUACUUCCCUCUGUCCAUCUACGUUCGCGACAUCAUCACUUCUGGCAAGAUUGGUACCGUCCACCGCACCUUUGCCGAUCUCUCAAUUGGCGCUCAGCCCGAGGAAGCCUUUGACAACUCUCACCGCAUGGUCAACCCCGACUUGGCUGGAGGCGCUCUCCUCGACCUGGGCAUCUACGCAUUGACUUGGGUCUUCCAGACUCUCUACCACACACAACCCGAGUCCGCACGCCAGGCCCCCACCGUCGUCUCAUCUCUCAAAAAGUACCCCACCGGCGCCGACGAGAUGACCACCAUGCUGGUCACCUUCCCCCGCUCCUCUGAGCUGGGUGGCGACGCCCACGGCAUUGCCACUACUGCCUUCCGCACAACCCCCGACCCCGACGGCAAAGGCAGCGCCGGCCCAGCCAUACGCAUCCAAGGCGACAAGGGCGAAGUCCAAGUCUUCCACCCUGCCUACCGCCCCACCAAGACCAAGCUCAUUCUCUCCGACGGCACUGUAGAAGAAAAGGAGUUUGUCCAACCCGGUGAGGGCCAUGGUAUGUUCUGGGAGGCCGACGAGUGUGCGUUUGCGCUCAAGGAAGGCAGAAAGGAAGGCAAGUACGAGGGCUUGAAGGAGAGUAUUGUAAUUAUGGAGGUCAUGGAUGAGGUGCGCAAGCAGAACGGCAUGACUUAUCCUGACAAGAUUGAGACGACCGAGUACCCUACAAAGCUUUAG